GUUAUCCCCCCUUGUGUUAAUUCUCUCCAGUUGAGAGAAUAGAAGAAGCUCAAUUCACUUUUAACUUGUCGCCUUAAACCAGACUGGAUUUUUUUUUUCGUUGAAAUGGAGACAUUGCUCAUUUGGGGAAUAUUUGGCUUACUGUUAGGGAUUCUACUUUCUAUUUUCGCUCUCUUGGUCUACUCCGGUCUCUUCUAUAAUAUCCAGAUUACCACAGGGAGACCUCCUAUCGGCGAAAUUGUUGUUGCGUACAAAUUCGCUCGUGGGCCCUACAAAGACGCGGGCCAUUUAUUCUGCGAAGUGGUACGACUGGCACCUUAUAAGAAAACCAUUGGCAUUUACUAUGACGAUCCUAAACAAGUAUCCACAAAUAAAACUCGCUACAUCAUCGGAGCCAUUCUAGCAGAAAAUGGUGCCUUACCCAAUGAGCAGCUGAAAACCACUUUAAAAGAGAAAGGCUAUACUAUAGCUCGGUUCCCAGAAGUGAGUCAUGCUGUGAAAACAAUGUUUCCUUUCAAAUGUACCCUAUCAAUAUUCAUUGCACUCAUCAGAGUCUACCCACAGUUAGGAAGCUAUCUAAAGGAAAGACGUCUGUGUGCUCAUCCGAUCCUAGAAGUUUAUGAUGACUGCAACAUUCACUUCAUUGCUCCUUUAGCCAAACAGAAUGAGUUCUACGUUGCAGAAGCUCAGUCAACUUCUGAUGAGCAGGGUUCCGAUGGUGAAGAAAGCAUCUCUGCCACUGAAACUUCCAAAAGUCAUUCCAAUGAUUCAACAAGUGAACUCUCUCAUCGGAGCGUGUCGACUUUGUCUAAUGUCGCCAGUGAUGGUUCGACAAAUACCACAGCAACUGCAGAGUUUAACGAGGAACCUGCAAGAGAAAUAACUGAGUCUUCGAAAUCCGAGAGCAGAGAAAAAUCCCUAACUCCAGCCGAGGACAUAACACCCUUUUUUUCCAAACCGCAACUUUCACCUGGUUCAGUUGACGAUGACCAAGAAUGGGAGAAUCUUGAAAACUUUAAAACACAAGAAGAGGAAGAUGAACAUGUAGGCCCACCAUCCAGUAUUCAAGAAACAACUCAUUCCCCUUUUGAUCUUCCUUCACAAAUUGCAUCAUUAGCUGGAGAUAUGGACAACUCCUCCCCAGAAAUAGAGAACGCUGCCCCUGUGGUCAUAGAGGCCACCAUGCAGGAGAGCAUUAGUUCACGUCUCGAAGAGUCUGGAUUCAGUGAGUCGUUGUUAUCGACACUUCAAGACUCUGGACUUGGUUCCGAGGAGACAAGUACUCCUCACCACGCUCACAACCUUGCCGCUUCUGCCAACACAGGUUUCACUGCCGCUGCCGCAAAUGAAAGUUCUAUAUCAUCCGAGCAACCCGAACGGCCACAGCAGCUGCAACCAACAGAAGCACAGCAGCAGCAGCAACAACCACCACAGCUUGUUGAAAUAGAAAGUGACACUGCUUCGGAACAUAGCAACAGUUCAUCGAGUUAUGAAGAAGUGAAGCUUACCGAAAUUACUGAUGCUUGAGCACCAAAAUGACACUGGUCGAAUUUUCUUCUCUCUCUCUCUCUCACCUUUUAAAAAAGAAAAUAAAUAUAAACAAAGAUGAACAAAAAAAAAUGCAUAAAAUAAACAGAACUAAUUGUGUAACAAGGAGCCAGAAUUCUUAAUUGUUUUGUUGGCUGUCUUUGACAUUUCCCUACCCCCAUCUCUCUCUCUCCUACACAUCUCCUUCAAACUAACAAUACUUAAAACUUGGUUUUCAUUUGGAGAAAGAACCAAUUGUUUGUUUGUUUAUUUCUUGUUGUUUUUGUUGUUUUUAUUGUUUUUUUGUUGUUUGUUUUUAUAAUUUUACAUCUGUAUAGGUGUAAAAUGUGAAGUACAUGCACUGUGUGUGUGUGUGUGUGUGUGUGAAAACACAUCCCCCCCUUCCCCCUCCACCAAAAAAAAAUAAUAAAGAAUAUUUACGAUCAGUGCAAUUUCUUAAUGGAUUUAUAUAACAAUACAUGUGAUAAGGCAGUACUACUAAUGAUGAUGAUGAUGAUAAUAAUCUCUACAUGUGAUAAGGGAAUAAACAUAAGUGUUCAUACUGACUAAAAUAAAUAUAUCAGUACAUGUACGAAAAUAGUAUAUGCAGUAAAUAAUACAUUAGUACAUGUACUAACAAGACAAUAUUAGAAUUACUACCGGGGGGAGGGGGGUGACACCAGAACAUGGAAUAAGCAAGUUUGUUGCAAGUGCCUCGGAUUUUUCAUAUUGGUUAUUAGCAGUAUCACCAAAUUACUGUACUAAGUCUGUGUGUGUGUGUGUAGAAUGAUGCCUUUAUGCAGGCAUGUGUGUGUGCAUAUGUAUGAGAGUGUAUGUAUAUAUAUAUAUAUAUAUAUGUGUGUGUGUGUUUAUGGGAAUGUGUGUUUAGAAUAUAAUCAAUGGUAAGUUUUUAGAAAUGUCUUUUUGUUUUGGAAAGAUUUUCUUUUAGCUUAGAUCCAUCUGACUUCUUUGUGUUUCUCCCCCUCCACUUCUCUUGAUCUCUCAUUUUCUUUCCCCAUCCCUGCCCCCACUAAGUCUCAUUGUCUCUCUCUUUAUCAAUGUUCUCAGUACUUAUUCUAUCAUUCUCUUUUGCUGAACUGUUAAGUUAUGGGAACAUAAACACUCCAACACUGGUUGUCAAAUGGUGGCAGUGGUGAGACAGACACGCAAUGACAUAUAUUAAAGUCCAACCCAUGCAUGCUUGGAAGAUGGACGUUAAAUGAUAUAUAUAUACACACACACACACACGAUAGGCUUCUUUCAGUUUCCAUUUACCAAAUCCACUCACAAGGCUUUGCUCAGUCAUAGGCUAUAAUAGAAGACACUUGCUCAAGGUGCCAUGCUGUGGAACUGAACCUCGAACCAUGUGAUUGGGAAGCAAACUUCUUACCAGUACCAGGUUUCAAACCCCCUCGCCUUCCCACUAAAACACCAAGGAAAUAAAAUUGUUCUUUGAAAGGCUAACAAUAUGCCAUGGAUCUGUUUUAAGUUGCGCUUAGCAGAAUUGUACAACAGCAACUAUAGUACCACAUUGACAGGUACAAUAAUAAUUUUAACUUUGACACAAGGCCAGCAAUUUUGAAGGGAGGGGUCCCAGUACUUGAGUGAAAGGAUGAAAGUUGACCUUGGUGCCAUUUGAACUUGUAAAGCCAAAAGAAAUGCCACUGAACAUUUCUUCCGCUGCUCUAACGAUUCUGCUAGCUUAUUACAAUAAUUAUGAUAAUGCAGGUACAAUAAUGACAACCACUAUUUGUCAGCUGCCAUUUUUUAAAAAUGGAAACUACAUACAUUUAAGGACAACAAAUGCUUCAUAAUAAAAUAGGAUGACAGACAAUAGCAUACAAAUCUGUGUCCUAGAUCUGCCCUAUAAAAGCCGAUCAGGACUCCUCAACAGCAGUAACUGACUGUUUCUGCUGUAGACUUACACAAGUCAAUAAGCUGGCUGCCAUCUAAGGACUUGUCAUGCUACACUGCACACAACUGGAAAAUCAUUGGAGCAUGAAUAACCAUGAGAUUGUGAAACAGAAAGAAAUGGGGCAACAUUGAAGUAUUUGGUUGAUUAUCUCUGUUCUAAAAUGUCACUGGAUUAAUUAGAGUGAAACUGACUGUGAGUCCCAAGUAAUAAUGAUUAAUGGUUGGUGAAAAGGAAAGUCGAGAGGGUUGAGUUGGUCAAAGAACCAAACUGAUUGAUUUUAUUGCUGAAGAGCAAAAUCAGUCACUGCUGGCAUUUCUGUCUUAGAAUCUUGUGAAACACAAAUAUUAACCCUUUAGCAUUUAAACUGGCCACUUCCAGCCAAAUUAUUCUAUGUGUUUUAUGUUCACACUGGCCAGAUCCAGCCUCUCACAACUACUGUACAAUAUCAUUCUAAAAUUAAACAAUUGUUUUCAAAAUCUUGAAGCUACAAGAUUACUUCAAGACAAUGUCACCAUAUUGGUUGGAAGGUUCAUCUAGUGCAGCCCAGAAGCACUGGAACCAACCAAAACAAUCUGUAGAGAAUUACACAGAACAGAAGAUUCAAUUCAGUUAGGUUUUUAUGUGCUCUCCAACUUUGACAAUGAUUAUGGCAUAUUGGAACAAUUUUUUGUGGUUUAUCAAUAAUCAAAAUGACUGGGGCUAAUAUAUUGAUAACCUGUCAAUAAUCUAUUGAUAUUUGGAUUCCCCUCUAGGUACAUCCCCUCACCACCAUCCAACACAAUUGACAACUGAUACAUUAACCCUUUUCUCUCUCUCCCCAUAUCUUGGUUUCCCCAUGAUUCCAUAUACCUGCCCUUUUCUGUCCCCUAUCCUGGUUAACAUAAACUUGUUUCAUAAACUAAAAGCAAAUCCUCACUUAUUUCAUUUAAGACAGUGGAUCUAAACUGGAGUCCGCACAAGCAAAAUAAUAGGGCUCCACAGUAAUAUUUUAAGAGAUUUUGCUUCAGAUCUAUUUACAGCAAGAAACGGCCAGCUUUCUUUCUCUAAUGUUUUACAUAGUUUAACAUGUUUCCAUGGCUGAGAACAUGUUCUCUCAGAGGGUGAUGUAGGAAACCUACACAAGUGAAUGUGUGAAAAAAAAAAGAAUUUUCAAAGAAAUCUCUAUAAACUAGUUCUUAAAUGGCUAUGGGGGAAGGGAGGGGUUAACCAAAGUAAAACAAUAAUGAAAGGGGUCCAUAUGUAAAAAUGGUUGAGAACCAUUGAGGUAUGUUUACAUGAUCUGACAUGUCUUGUUGUCUGUAUAUAUUACCCAUUAAUUACCACAAUCUGACAGAAAUAAUUUUAAGUGUACAAAACAGGAAACAUAGUGCUUGCUUUUUUUUUUAUAUUUUCUUGCUUUCAUAUAGAAAGUAGCAGAGCUGGUUCUUGUAGGUUGGUCGAGUGUGCAAGGACUGGCCUCCAUCCUGUCCCCUAUCAAAUGACCCAAUUAAUUUAACUGUAAGUUUACAGAGUAGGAGAGAUUCCCUGCUGUGAGCAGAAACACUGUAAAAUUUACAAAUGUUUAAUUAAUAUACAGUGUUGAAUGUAACUUCUUAUGGGUCUGGAGGAAAAAGAACAAGAGAAACUGCUGCUGGACUCAGUGAAAGACAAGAGUUGUUUCAAACAUCUUGAUCUAUCUUAUCCUUGGAUCCAGACCCUGGUAAAGAUUACAUGUUCUACCUGAGAUGACAGGUGUACAGAAGACUAUCUUCUGUCAUCGGACACGGACAUCCAACACCUGGUGUCUAUGUUAUUAGAGACCACAAAGGUUUUCAUGGCAAUAAAAUAGCAAGAGAUAAGGCUAUAUUAUAAUAUCUGCUAUUGCUUCUUCCAAAUAGACAUAAGGCUAGAAUAUUUUCAGUUAAGAUAGAGGUAAAUGGCAAUAGUUUGGGUCCUUUCUCUUCUGAAGACAGAAGCUGUUUGAUAGAGUAAAAAUGGCUCUGAACUUGAACUAGAACUCUGUGAGUGGAGUCGGCUCUCUAAUAGUAUUUCCUGUGCUAGACAAGGAAUGUUAAAGCCUAUCAACUACUCCCUAAGGUGUAUUAUAUCUUUGAAACUAUCAUAGAUCCCUUUGCGAGUGGCCUCACAAAUGUAAUAGCCUAAGGCCUCCCUUCAUCUAAUCCCAACACUGAGUCUAUAAUAAAAUACUUGAGUACCUUCAAUGUAAUUAACUACAUUUUGUUUAUUAGUUUACACUCGCCCCUCACCCCACCUCAUAACACAAAACAGCUGCUAAUUGUUUUUUUGUGUGUUUAUAUAUUCCAAAACACUUUAUCCUCCCUUUUUCUCAUCCUCUGUGAUAUAAAGUUAAUUCUGGUCAAGGCACAGGUUUAUUUUAAACAACACUUGCUUUCAACAAUUGGAAUUAUUCCCAUCUGGGGUGUAAAUCAUUAAGAGAAUCGUAAGAAAUUUUGAAAAUUGCUAAAGAAGAAACCAGAUUAAUAUUUAUGGAAAAAUGUCAGUCCUAGUAGGCUACACUUCACACAAGAUAUCUGCACCAGCAGACAACAUUACAUAUAAACACUUCCACUCACACACACGCAAUUCAGAUUGUAGCCAUAAGAAACAUAUUGAAUAGAAUGUUCUAGUGUUUGAGAGGUAGAUUAGUGAACAACGAGGAGAGAAAAUAUUUAAUGUUUCAGGAAGAGUACUUUAUGAGAGAAUGAGGGGAUAUAAGAUAAGUCUUCUUUAUAAUUAUAUAUCUUUUACAGAUUACGUACUCACUGAUUCCUAUAAAUAAUAUGGGAAGUGUUAUAUAAUGACUUAUGAAAAAAAUAUCUUAACUUUCACAAACACACACAGCAUCAUUUUGGUUGUACAUAUGUAUUUUUAAUAUUUCCAUGUUGACAUGUGUUGGACAGGUUUACAAGAUGCUAUUUUUCUUAGACACUAAAAUCCUGGAAUUUUGCCUGUUUUUGUUUUUUUAACAACCAAAUGCUCAAGUUUUAUCAGCCAUGGCAAUAGAACAGGAUAGUGGCUUUAUUGUGAUAUGAGCACAAAAUGUUCUCUCUCUCUCUCUCUCCAGACUUGAAGGUUUUUUCUCCUCUCCUUCUUAUAUCCUGAGCCACUCGCUCUAAGUCAGAAACUUCAAAUAUAUCUUCAUUCCCUCAAUGAACUCAUAUUUUUAAGUGGAGACAAUAACAGAAUGAAUUGACAUCAAUCUAGUAUAUUCCUGGUAUCUAUUAGUUGAUCAAACCCCGUGAAGAAUGAAAGCUGAACUCAAGUCUGGUGAGAUUUGAACACAAAUCAGUGAUACACUAAGCUGGCUAACAGAAAGUGUGAACACAAUCUCCAGAUUUUCUUUAUUCUUCAAUAUAAAUACUAUAUAUAUGUGUGUGUGUGGUGUGUGUGUGUGAGCGAGUCUAUUUACAUACAUGUGUGUGUAUGCAUAUAUAUAUGUAUAUAUAUAUAUAUAUAGAUAUAUACAUACACAUACAUACAGGUAUGUACGUAUGUGUGUGUGUAUAAAUAUAUAUAUAGAUAGAUCUGUUUGCUUGUGUGUGUUAGUAUGAUUGUGCUAAUAUUUUCAGUGUAAAGUGAUAUUAGAUAAAAGCACCAAUUUGAGACAAGAAAAACAGGAUUUAUGACUUUCUUGUGUAAAGUAUGAGGUAUCAUUAUGCUUUAUAUGAGGAAGAAGAGAAAAUGUGGUUUGUGUGACAUUCAUGCCCUUAUCAAGGAUACUAGUUACAAAAUUUCGUAUGGAUUUGAUUUGAUGAUGAUGAUGAUGAUGAUACAUAUGAAGUUGUUUCCGGUUUGUUUUGUUGGUUUUUUUUUCCAUUUUCUUUCUGUAAACUCUAAAAAAAAAUGGAUAAUAAAAAUGUUCAAAAAAAUGAGUUAGAAAGGAACUAUUUCUUGUGUUUGGUAACUUGUACCAGUUUUGGUUCUAUUGUGAUAUAUGUUCUACAGUGGGUCAUCAUAGCAGAUGUUACCAUUUACAGUUCUGAACAGAUGCAGUGGAAUCUUUUGGCUACAAUCUUAAACACCUGACACUAUGUCUCAGGAGGUUAAAGGUUGUCUGACUUGUCUUCAUUGCUAAACACUAACAAAGAAACUGCAUCUAAAUAAAAUGCAAUGUGUGUUGCUAAACACCUACAAUGACCCUCUUUUCACUGCUAAACAUCCGCACUAAGAUUGUGUCUAGAUCUAAACAUUGAGUCUGUGUCUAGUUCUAAUAACCCACAAGGGGUGUGUCUACAUUGCUCAAUAAUUGCUCAAUAGCUACAUGGUUUUGUAAUGUUAAAUGUUUAUGGCUGGACUGUCUUCAUUGAUGAACAUCAAUAAUGAGUCUGUGUUUAGCUCUAAACACUUGUAAAGAGAUUUUUCUGCAAUACUAAACAUCUACUGUAAGACUGUCUAUAGUACUAAACAUCUCCAAUGAAACUUCAUCUGAAAUGCUAAACAUCUCCAAGAAGAAUGUGUUCAUUGCUAAACAUUUACAAGAUUUUGUCUGCAAUGCUAAACACAAAGUGAGACAGCCUAUGGAGCUAAACAUGAGAAUGUGAUAAGUAAUACCUGCAGUAUGAUUUUAAAUGCAAAACUAAACACCUAAAAUAAUACUGUCUAGUGCUAAACACAUAGUUCAACUGCUAAAUAUCUACAAUGAGACUUUAGUUCUUAAUAUUUAUAAAAAGACUUUACAAUCUGAUGCACAUGCAAAAAGACUGUCCAUGGUGCUAAACACUAUGAGAUUGUUUCCAAUAUUAAACACCUACAAUUGCAUUGCUAAAUGUCUAACAUGGGAUUUUGGCAACAGUGCUAAAUAUGUGUUGAGGAAACUUGGCUGAAGUACUUUUGAAGUACCUGACAAGAGAUUUGGGUUGCAUCUGCUGUGACACUUCAGACCAGGAGUUUAACAUCUAUACAGAGGCUAGAUUUUUUUAUAAUGAAUUAUAAUUUGCAGUGAAACAUUACAUGUUUAUCUAUGAUGGCUUUAGCAAUGAUAUUCAAUUGUUUGACAUUCGUUAUCUAGGAUCUUGCUAGUGAAAUAUCACCACCAUCAUCAUCAUCAUCAUCAUCAAUAUCAUUAUUAUUGAACAAAGCAGAGGAAGUCAGAUGUGAUACAUAAUGAUGGUACAUUCUUCAGGACAUCUAAUGAUUCUUGCAAUCAAACUUUAUUGGAAAUAACUUGUCCAUCAUUCUAUCAGAACUGACAGAAACAUUUUAAUGUAAAUAAAUGUCUCUUAAACUCUAAGAGGCUUUCAGGAAAUUAGUUCAAGUUUCUUGGUGUUAAGCAGAGGAAAGAUUAAAUUUUUCACCAUAUAGAAUACCUGACAAUCUCAGGUAACAAACCCCAGAUAAACUGGUGCUUAUUUCCCCCAUCAGCAACAAGGUAAACUACUAAUAUAUGUAAAACUGUGUACUGCCAAAAUAGAUGAGUACUUGCAGUGAGGUUAACUGUUAAAAUUCUGUUGAGAAUUUUUGUUAAGUGAAAAGCCCAGUCCUCAACUGAUUCUGUUACAGAACAGAAAUGAAUGGACAGAGGAAGAGAACAGACUUUUCUUCUUUACUUUAGAGUCUUAACUUCUAAAAUGAAUGUCAACACGGUUAGUACUUUUCUUGUGAUAUUGUGUGUUUUAGGACUGGCUGACAGAUGCAGUCCUGUGUGGUAUUGUGUUGUACAGGAAGUUAAGAGCUGAACUCAAGAUGUAAAUGCUGGUAGUCCCGACACCAUUAUUCACUUUAGUCAUUUUGCUUCUACUUAAAUAAAAUUUAUACCAGUGAUAUACUGAGGUUGAGCUGUCCCUUUAUGUUAUAUAGUCCUUACAGAAACAAGAAGACAAAAAAGAAAGCAAAAAAAAAAAAAGAUUUUUACGUGACUCAAAUAGAAACCACUAACCCCCAUUAGUACAUUCAUUAAAUUCAUUAAAUAUUUUCAAAAUACACCUAAACAUUUAAACUAUUAUCUUAUUCAAAUAAUAUGUUUGUGCAUGUAUGUGUAUUUCUCACCUUAAUUGUGCAAUCACACGUAUACAUGCAUUCAUACACACUCACAUCACAAGAAUGUGGACAUUAUUGCAGACAUAUACAUACAUUUUGUUAUCUUUUGAUUCUCUUGCUUCAAAUUUGACAAAAUUCCUUCUGUUAUAUUUCAUCAAUAACCAGAAUUAUUCUAAUCACUAUUGUGGAAUCCUGUGAGUUACUAACUUUCAAUAAAAGAUCUCAAACUUUGCCAAUU